GACGUCGCCAUGGCUGCCCGGGAGGAGGUGCUGGCUCUACGGGCUCAGGUUGCCCAGCGUGAGGAGGAGCUGGAGUCCCUGAAGCAGAGGCUGGCGGCGGCUCUGUUGGCGGAGCGGGAACCGGAGUCGGAGCAGCCGGCGCCGGUGUCGCCGCUGCCGCCCAGGGCGUCCCUGUCGCGAGACGAGAUUCUGCGCUACAGCCGGCAGCUGGUGCUGCCCGAGCUGGGCGUGCAGGGCCAGCUGCGCCUGGCGGCCGCGUCCGUGCUCAUCGUCGGCUGCGGGGGCCUCGGCUGCCCUCUGGCGCAGUACCUGGCGGCGGCCGGCGUGGGCCGCCUCGGCCUGGUGGACUACGACGUGGUGGAGGUGAGCAACCUGGCCCGCCAGGUGCUGCACGACGAGGCGCUGGCCGGCCAGGCCAAAGUCUUUUCGGCCGCCGCUUCGCUGCGCCGCCUCAAUUCGGCCGUGGAGUGCGUGCCCUACGCCCAGGCCCUCACCGCGGCCACGGCGCUCGACCUGGUCCGGCGCUACGACGUGGUGGCCGACUGCUCCGACAACGCGCCCACUCGCUACCUGGUGAGCGACGCCUGUGUGCUGGCCGGCCGGCCCCUGGUGUCGGCCAGCGCCCUGCGCUUCGAGGGCCAGAUCACGGUGUACCACUACGGCGGCGGGCCGUGCUACCGCUGCGUGUUCCCGCAGCCGCCCCCCGCCGACACGGUGACGAGCUGCGCCGACGGCGGCGUGCUGGGCGUGGUGACCGGCGUCCUGGGCUGCCUGCAGGCGCUGGAGGUGCUGAAGAUCGCCGCGGGGCUGGGCCCCUCCUACAGCGGCCGCCUGCUGCUCUUCGACGCGCUCUCGGGGUGCUUCCGCUGCAUCGGGCUGCGGGGGCGCAGGCCCGACUGCGCGGCCUGUGGGGAGCGGCCCACGGUGACCGCCCUGCAGGACUACGAAGCCCUCUGUGGCUCGUCGGCCACCGAGAAGUGCCGCUCCCUGCAGCUCCUGGGCCCCGAGGAGCGCAUUUCCGUGACCGACUACAAGCGGCUCCUGGAUGCCGGGGCGCCGCACCUGCUGCUGGACGUCCGGCCGCGAGUGGAGGUGGACAUCUGUCGCCUGCCGCAUGCGCUGCACGUGCCCUUGAAGCUGCUGGAGCGCAGGGACGCGGAGAGCCUGCGGCUGCUCGGCGAAGCUGUCCGCGAGCGGGGCCGGGCCGCCCCGGAGGGCGCAGCGCUCCGCGUGUGCGUGAUCUGCAAGCUGGGCAACGACUCGCAGAAGGCCGUGAGGAUCCUGCAGGCCCUGCCCCAAGUGCCGGAGCUGGCCUCGCUGAGGGUGCAGGACGUGGCGGGCGGGCUCAUGGCCUGGGCCGCCAAGGUGGACGGCUCCUUCCCGCAGUACUGAGCGCCCGCUGGAGGCGAGGGGAAGGGUGCGCAGCCGGGGGCCACCGAGAAGCAUUUGUUUGUGUUCUCUUCUGGGAUGCACCAAGGGCCUGGGGGCUGCAGCAUCCGAGUGGGCGGAGCCGGUCACGGGGCUUCCGGCUGCAGCGGCUGGGAGGAUGUAGGGGCUGUGACUGUUUCCAGGAGGGGCCUUGAACGUGGGAAAUGCACCGUGACACCGGUUUGUAUUCCGAACUGCACAUCGUUUUUGUCAGCCUGCUGCUGAUGGAAAAGCGCUCUGAACUGUCUGAGGCUUGGAGCGAAGUUGUGAGCUGGGCUCGCCGAGCUGACCACAGAAGGUGUAUGCUCAGGGUAGUGUCAGGUGUUCUCGGGGUCUGGUCUCUAAGUCAGACGUAAGGGUUCGUUCGUCGGUUGUCUUCUCCGGGAAGUGACAUUUUGAAUCAGUGUGGAUGAGAUCUUUCCAGUUCAGUGAAUUACAGGAGACCGUUUGCCUGUCAGUCGCUUAUGAAUUGCCAACUUUCCUUAAAGUUCGCUCAGGGUCCACCUUACGUUCAUGCAGUCACAUUUUCUUUGCUCUGUGGUUUGCUUUGGAAUCUUCCAGGCGGUGUCUCAGCUGCCCCCCUCCUCCUCCAACCGCCUUUCCUGUUCUGAUAAUUAUCCGAGCGUUUUACAGCAGUGUAGGGUACAGGUGUUUCUGUGCGCCACGUUAAACCACACUUUCAUGAACUGGGAGACGCCCAGCUCCUCGUAUGUACAACAGAUUCGAAGUUUGGCACGUGAGUGUGCCGGCGGCUGUCCGUGUUCUCUGGCUGCUUAUUGUGAGUGGGCCCGUGGUCAGAUUUCUUUUUCUAAAGAGAAGCAGAAACUGCAGAGAGAACUGAAAUCCCGUGUGUCCGCCAGCAAAGCUUUCAGAAGUUCAAAAGCCUUGUGGGGCGGAUUCACUCACUGGCGUACAGCUCUCGUGUUGUUGCACAGGGGUGGUCUCCGCACUUGUUAGCUGGAAGACUGUGCCUGGCGCGGUGGUCUCCGCACUUGUUAGCUGGAACGCUGUGCCUGGCGCGGUGGUCUCCGCACUUGUUAGCUGGAACGCUGUGCCUGGCGCCUUGGACAGGCGUACUUUGUGCUCUAAACCUUUAUGAAGACAGAGGUCUCCCACCAUGGCUUCUUGUAGGGAGCUAGGGAAAUACAUGACAGACCCAGAGCAGAGAACAAAGAGGGCUGCCGUGGCCGUGUGUCUUCCAGCUCUUCAAGUGCAGGACUGAUUGGAUAACUAACAUAUCCAGAAACAAGUGGACAGACACGAACCAUUUCAUCGUGCGAACACUGCCGUCUGUUAGGCAGCUGCCGUAGUUCUCGCAAAUCCCCUUGGCACUGGGGUCAGGCACCAGAAACCGACCCUGACUACAUGGGGAAAGGGUUUGUUCAAGCCAAAGCCGUAGGAGGUGCUGUUGAGAAUCUGGGGGACAAAUUCAAGGAGUGAAUGCCCCCCACACCACAAACAGAACUGGCUUGCUGCCCCAGCCCUGCCCCCCUGCUCUCCCAGAAAGCCCAGUGGGUCCCCCCAGCCACAUGGUGAGAGGUGGCCACAUUGCCGAGCCAGUCCCACGAGGGUGUCUGGUGGGCGGAACCCAGUCCCCUGCCUGCCUGGGUGCCAGCUGCAGGAGAGGCCGCAGAAGGGAGGCAGGGAAGGGCUUUCCAGAGACGGCCGCUGAGGAGAUCCAGACGCCCGGUACAGAACCAAGACCUCUAGCACUUGAAGUUCUGCUUAGGAUUGUGACUAAGUUUUUACAUUCACGUGGGAUUUGAACUUGAUCGCGUAUUUUCCUUUUCAUUUAACAAGUGCCUUUGGUGUCCUGGUUAGCUAGCAUUCUAAGCUCUAGGAUAAACUGAACAAAGACUUCUCUUUGUCAGAGUUUAUAUUUUAUUGGGGGUGACAAAUCACAGAGAGAGCUCUUCCUGCACACACCAGAAAUGCCCCUGGGUACACGUGCACAGACCUCUGCCCCCAGAGUGGAGUCCUCAGAGCCCCCCAUCCAGCGUUGGUCAAGGGAGAGCAGUGUUCUCCCGGAAGCUUGUCCGUUUCUGAGGACCCCCACACGCCUGAGGUCAGCUGUGUGACCCAGUUUGCUGUACUCAGAAGAUGGCCUUUGUACACUGUAUCAUCUCACAUCCCAUGGGUUAGAGGAGGUAACAGAAACUCCUGUCAUUGGAAACCUUGCGUCUGCCUGCGUUGUUGGAGGACAAUUCUGCGGUCCAUUUGGAAUGUCAGGAAAACCGCUACAGUGUGGGAGUGGGAAAGCAUUUUGCAAAUACAGUGGUGACGGGUUAAUUCCUACCUUUGAUGAGCUGUGAUUUCUGAAGCACUCUGGAUGUGAAAGAAUUGGGAUGACAAAUAGGGUAUCUGUCUAUCUAACAUAUGUAUAUGAGGGGACUUCAAAAAGUUCACAGGGGCUUGCGUGAUGGUGGAGCAAGUGAAGCCACCACCUGUGCCGCUGGCAUCCCACAUUGGUGCUGGUUCGAGUCCCAGCUGCUCAACUUCCCAUCCAGCUCCCUACUAAUGGGCCUGGGAAAGCAGUAGAAGAUGACCCAAGUACUUGGGCCCCUGUACCCACAUGGGAGACCCCGUUGGAGUUCCAGGCUCCUGUCCUCAGCCUAGCCUAGCCCAGCCCUGCCCAUUGCGGCCAUUUGGGGAGUAAACCAGCAGGUGAAAGAUCUGUGUGUCUCUCCCUCUCUUUGGAACUCUGCUUUUCAAAUAAAUUAAUUAAAAUAUUUUUAAAAGUUCAUGGAAAUGGAAUUGAAAGGUGUGUUUUGGUGCAAAAAUAUUUCGAGAUCUAUACAUAAUCUCUCCAUGACAUGCAUUCUCCAUAGCUCUCUGCAGACCCAUGUAGUUCACAUGAAGUCUGUGUGUUGACACCGCCUCUAGUUUCUAACCCUACUUCAAUUAUUUGGCAUCUUUUUUUAAAAAGAUUUAUUUUAUUGGCAAGUCAGAGUUACACAGAGAGAGGAGAGGCAGAGAGAGAGAGAGAUCCUCCAUCCGAUGGUUCACUCCCCAAUUGGCCGCAACAGCCAGAGCUGUGCUGAUCUGAAGCCAGGAGCCAGGAGCUUCUUCCGAGUCUCCCACGCACGUGCAGGGGCCCAAGGACUUGGGUCUUGAACCGGCGCCCAUAUGGGAUGCCGGCGCUUCAGGCCCCAGGGCAUUAACCCGCUGCGCCACAGCACUGGCCCCAUUAUUUGGCAUCUUAAAAGCAGAAAAUUAUGAAUUACCUAGGUGUUUUCUGUCUGCCUUUUAAUGCCAUUUUUGGGCAGGUUGCUGCAGGCAAGGGGGGGAGAAGGCUCAUAUCACAUGUGCCUUCCUGGUGGCCCCGUGGCUAAGAGGGAGGCGGAGAAGAGCAACAUUGAUAGAAGAUGGGCGUCACCUUUAAUCUGCAGUCUCCCUGCCCAGUGCUUGCAGACGAGGGAAGCCUUGAAUGAACUGGAACUUCGCAGUUCAGCUGAGCACAGCAGAACUGCUGAGCAGGGCGUCUGUGUGUCCCAGCGAAGGCAAUCCUGUCUCACAGCUCGGGCUGCCCAGCGGCCUCCCCACCCCCACCAGCUUCCUCACUGGCAAGAUGCAACAUCCGACGCUCCCUUCCCAGGCUCCUCUGCAAGUCAGGAAGGACCUGCGCUCUUGAACCAUUUCUCCCUGCAAACACUGAAUCUGACCACUUCUGUCUCCACUGCCUACGGCACCCUAGGCAUCCAUCAUCGCUUAAGCAAAUUCAUGGCUUUUCAGGGGAUAACCACAGAAAAUGCUGAUCACAUCAAGGGGAACACAAGCUAACCUGGCCCAAGGCGAUUCGAGGUGAAGGCCGGCCUUGAACAGGCAAAGCUCAGAAAUGCAGCCUUGUGGCCACCCCGCCCCCCAACCCGGCCUCAUCUCAUCCCCACUGCAGACGGCUGCUUGGUCCUGCUCACAGCACACGCGGGGGCCCACGUGGGAGGCAGUCGCCACUCGACACGCAUGACGAGCUGGGAAGAGUGUGCCUGCAGCCUCAGAGGAAGGAUCCACCGAUGGAUCCUGCGGCUCAGCCUGGCACCGCGGGGGUGCUGCUCCCUGUGCCCCCCAGCUUGCCCCUCCCUGCCUCCUGCAAAUCUUUUCUUUGCCAGCAGCGGGGACACAGCAGAGGACACAGCAGGGACGCUGUGUGGAGAAGGCUGACCGCCUGGCGCUCUCCCAAAGCCCCGCGGGGGCAGGAGAGGCUGAAAAGUGAGUCUCACAGCGAGGCUUUCCUGAAACUGUUAAGGAAACUUUCCCGGCCAAUCGGCCAUCGCACAGCGGAAAAUGAUGCAAUACUCGUUGCUCAAUUUGAUAAAAUUACACUGGCAGCAGAUAAAAACGAGAAGGAAUUGCUUUCUGUUGGUAGCAGAACAUUAAAACCAAGCGCAAGGGCCGGUGCUGUGGUGUAGGUUAGGCCUCCCUCCGUCUGCAGCGCCGGCAUCCCAUAGGGGCUCCAGUUCGAGUCCCAGCUCUCCCCUUCUGAUCCAGCUCCCUGCUAAUGUGCCUGGGAAAGCAGCAGAAGAUGGCUCACAUACUUGGGUCCCUUACCCACAUGGGAGACCCAGAGAAAUCUCCUGGCUUCAGCCUGGCCCAGCCCUGACCAUUGCAGCCAUUUGGGGGAUGAACCAGCAGAUGGAAGAUUUCUCUCUCUUCCUGUUGCACUGCCUCUUGGGAGACAUUUAAAAUAUAUAUUAAAAUAUAUAUUAAAUAAUAUAUUUAUUAAUAUCUAUAUAUAUUUGGGGGCCAUUGCUGUGGCAUAGUGGGUAAAGCCACCGCCUGCAGUGAGGGUGUCCCGUAUGGACACCAGUUUGAGUCCUGGCUGCUCCACUUCUGAUCCAGCUCUCUGCUAGGGCCUGGGAAAGCAGUGGAGGGUGGCCCGGGUCCUUGGGCCCCUGCACCCACUUGGGAGACCCAGAAGAAUCUCUUGGAUUCUGGCUUCGGAUCAGUGCAGCUCUGGCUAUUGCAGCCAUUUGGGGAGUAAAGCAGCGGAUGGAAGACCUCUCUCUCUGCCUCUCCUUCUCUCUGUGUGUAACUCUUUCAAAUACAUAAGUAAAUCUUGAAAAAUGUAUCUGCCUGGCAUCUUGUGUUUGUAUUUGCUAAGUGUUGUAACCCCCUGAUUCCAGGCGAGCCCCAGGUGCAGCCCAGGAGCCACACGGCUUUGACGGAGGGCAUCCCAGGGAAACAGACGCUCCUCCUCCCCACCCCUCCCUCUUUGGUUCUCUGAACCCAUCAGGCAUCACUGUGAGGCCUCUGGAUGCCCGGGGCGGGCUGUUUCCAGGAGGGGCCGGCGAGCCCUGGGUCACUCCCAGCAGCCAGGGCUCAGCAGUGGGCUGGGAAAAGCGUGCUCAUUAAAUCAACACCGAGGCUACUCAAUAUUCGUCACUGAAAACGAGUUCCCAUUUCUUUUCCCAUCUCAAACUGUGUCUGGCUUUGUUGUCCAAGGUGGCUCAUUAGGGGUUUGGUAACGAGGUCAGAUACACUCCCGUAAUAAAAGCCAACAGCACCUUCGCGUUGGAAUAGAAAGUCUGUGUCACACUCCCGAGGUCACAGUGAUGCCAAAUAAAGUGAAAUCCAGAGACUGAGCUCGAGUCCCCCUGCCCUUGUUGUGAGACCAACUAGAGCCCAAACUCGUCUCUCCCAACUUCUUAUUCUCACAGCCUCGCCACAGGGGGUCUCCUCUGCUCCUGGUGAGUGAGGGACCCUCUGGGAGCCGGGGUCUGCGCUGUGAACCCUGACCACGUGGGGUUAAGGUUCUCAGAGGUCGAAUGACCCCCCUGGGGAAUGAUUCUCUCUCUCUCUCUCUCUCUGUUGC